AUGGUUGGCGGUGCUCCUAUUUCUGCCAACCCGCUCAAGCUCGAUGUGCAAAGCCACGCCAAAUGUCUCGCCAUAUGUGUCGUGGCAACUAUGGCCACGUUCCAGUAUGGUCUUGACUACGCACUCGUGGGCGGAUUCCUCUCAAUGCCCGGCUUCCUCAAAGUCUUUGGUUAUUAUUCGGAAGACUUGGGCAAAUGGAACAUUGACCCGACGGUCCAGCAGUUGAUAUCUUCCUUGAUGACGAUAGGCACUUUUGUCUCGUCGCUGCUGGUCGGACCCUUCAGCGCCAAAUUUGGGAGAAGGCAGGGCCUCUGGGCGGCCACGCUCCUCAACUUCGUGGCUACCAGCAUUCAGAUGGGGACAAAGAGCAAGGCGGCUCUUUAUGUUGCCCGUCUUAUCUUGGGUAUCUCCGUUGGCUGGUUUCUGACAUUCGCCCAACUCUACGUCCAUGAGGCCGCACCCGCACAUCUACGUGGCAUCGCAUUUGGCUUGUACCAAGUCAUGCUUUCCAUUGGGUCCAUUGUUGGUGCAGCUGUUGACUUUGGGACGCACACCAAGACCGGGCGGGAUGCAUAUCAGAUCCCCUUGGCGAUCUUCUUUGUGGCUCCAACUCUACAAGCCAUUCUGCUCUUCCUCUUCGCGCCCGAGUCUCCCAGGUGGCUGAUGGUCCAGCGCAAAGAGGCAGCCGCAGAGGCGUCGUUGCGGAAACUUCGAAACUCGAACAUCGAUGAACUAGAGCUCCAGGCGGAGUUGAACGAGAUCCGGCAGUCAACAAGGGAACAACUGGAACAGAACAAGAAAGCGCUGUUCUUGGAGAUGUGGCGAGGCACAAAUCUGCGCAGGACUCUUCUCUCGAUCGCCGUCGUAUGCUUCCAUUCGGCCAACGGAUCAAGCUGGGUUAAUAUAUACACCACGUUCUAUUUACAAAUGGCAGGUGUCAAGGACCCAUUCGCCUACUCUAUACUGGUCACCUGCACGGGCUUGAUCGGUGUGCUGGUCAGUUUCUUCUUCGUGCGACUGAUUGACCGACGCUUGGUGUUGUUAAUUGGAAUUUCGGCUUGUGCCAUUUGCCAGUUAAUCCCGGCGAUUGUGUGGAGCGCGAGUCCGGGUAGUGAGUCGACAGGAAAAGUGGUUGUUGCUUUUAUCGCCCUCUUCACGUUCUUCUAUGUUGCCUACGCUCCCUACGCGUGGCUUCUCGGUGGCGAGUACGUCAACAACCAACUCCGCGCCUUCACGUUUGGCCUGGCGACCGCCAUGAAUUUUCUGGGUAACUGGGCUGGGACUUUCAGCGCUCCUUACUUUAUCAACCCUGCCAAAUUUGACUGGGGGCCCAAAUAUGGAUACAUUUGGUUCGGAACGAACAUGAUCUGCGUCAUCUUCACCUAUUUCUUCUUGCCUGAGACUCGAGACCGUACGCUGGAGGAGAUACACGAGAUGUUCGAGGCCAGGUUGCCGGCGAGGAAAUUCAAGGGGUAUAUCUGUGCUGGAGUGGAAAGCUACGCGGCCGAAGCCAUGGGCAAGGAUUUGACCGAGACGAAGAACAUUGGGCAGAUAACACACGUCGAGGAGUUGCGAGACGUUCAGAAGUGA